AUGUGGCGGUAUGUAGCUGUGUGCUGGGCUAUACAUGUAGCGGUGACUGUCGGCUACCCCGUGUCUGAGUCUAAGAAUUCGAAUCAACAAAAAUUCCUGAAACAACAAAUACUUGAAGACAUCAGAAGGGAAUUAAGAGAAUAUCAUAAUGCAACGUCUAAACGAGAGGAAAGCGGAAGUGGAGCUACACGAAAUGAAGAUGAGAUUGACAACAAGGAUAUCGAUCCCGAUGACAAAAAUAUGCGGUUACUGCUGAGUAUGGGUGUAGAAAUAGACGGCGUUGUUAAUGAGCCAAACGGACUACAUCCCGAAGAUUCCGAGCAGUUUAAAGAACAGAGUCUGGAUAGAACAAUAGAAACAGACCGCGAGGCGGAUAAGGAGGGAAAGACAAGAAAUAAAAGAAAUUUUGGACCAAGCUGGGUGAAAUGGCCGAAAGGAAUCGUACCCUAUGAAUUUGAUGACAGCUUAGUUGCAAACAGAAAACCUUUUCUUGGAGCUGUAAAAUUGUUUGACGAUCUGACAUGUAUUAAAUGGAAACCUAGAUCCUCGGAAGUCAAAGCGGAAGUAGGUCACGACGGAUAUGUGAGGGUUAAAAGUGGUUCCGGCUGCAGUUCCGGUGUUGGCUUUGGAGGGGACGGAGAACACGCCAUGAGUUUAUCAGAACCCGGAUGUGGAUCGGUCGGGAUCGCGAUGCACGAGAUGUUGCACAGACUCGGACAGAGGCACGAACAAGCUCGUAACGAUCGGAAUCGGUAUGUCAAAAUUGUGUGGAAGAACAUCCAGUCCGGGAAAGAGUCCAACUUCUACAGAACUUUUACAUACGACCGCAACCCCUAUGAUGUUGGAAGCGUUAUGCAGUAUGGAUUUACGUCGUUCGGGGGUGGCAAAACAACGAUAGAAGUGAUUGACAACAACCUUAAGUACCUGACAUACCCAAGCGGACAGAUAUUGUCUUUCUAUGACCUAAAGGAUGUCUUAGAUCAAUAUGAUUGCACAGCUCAUUGUACCAAUGCUCCAAAAUGUCAGAACGCCGGCUACAUUAACACAAAGUGUGAGUGCAAGUGUCCUGAAGGCUUCACGGGGGCGCUGUGUGAGACGGUCGUCACUGAUCAAGAUUGUGGAGGGUACCUUACGCUGAAGGAGGGUACGGCUGAUUUGGGUGUAAACAGGGACAUAUCUGUAUCAUCUCCAAACUACCCGGGCCCAGUCGGUCAGGGAAAAAUUUGUAGAUGGGCCGUCAAGGCACCAGAUGGUUACAUCAUAAAGAUGACGAUAGAUGACCUUCACAUGGCCUACAAUCCGGACACACUUCGCUGCUACCAUUGGCUGGAGAUCCAAUACAAUCUGCCCGGACAACCUGGCAUUCGUCGCUGCGGAGACAUUGUUGGUGAAAGUUUCUUAACCUCAGCUGAUUCCCCGACAUUUAUGAUUGUUACCAUGGAUACCAAGUUUGCGGGGAGUAGAGUCACGAACAAGGGAUUUAAGCUUCAUUUUGAGCUAGAACGUGAAGUGUGUAGAGACAAUCAAUGCGCGUUUGGAGUGUGUGUAGCUGACGAGCUGAAGGCGUGUAAAUACAGGUGUGUUUGUCAACCCGGGUACGAAGGGGAGAUGUGUGACAAAGUCGUAGACGAUGCAAAACUAAACUGCAAUUUUGAACGGUUUGAAAAAUGCUUCUUCGAUAACGUCAAGGAAGGAGCUGAUUUUGAAUGGGGACCAGGAUUUAAACACUCCGUGUCCUUGGGGACGGGACCGGAAGAGGCACACAGAGGGCUACGGUUCCUGUUCACUGAAAUGUCAUCGCCGAGAAAGCCAGGAGACAAGGCCAUUAUAAGAACAACUGUCCCGCUACCAGAGAAGGCCGGCUGCCUGUCCUUUGCAUACAACAUGUUUGGUCGUAAUGUCAACAAGCUAUCUCUGUUUUCGGAGGACUCCGGGUCAACUAAAACCGAACUGUGGUCAAAAACAGGAAACCAAGGGUCUGAUUGGUUGACUGCAGACAUUAAUGUCCCAGCUACGAAGGGGCUUAAACUGUCGUUUGAAGCAAUCACGGGCGACUCGUGGGAUAGCGACAUUGCUCUGGAUGACAUAUGGUGGAAAGUUGGAAAAUGUGAUGUUAGAGCUCCUAAGGACUGUAUUGAAUAUGGGAAAGAAUACAAAGGGACACGGAGCUACACCAAGAAAGGGGUCAAAUGUCAGGCGUGGAACGUUAAUGAACCCCACGAGGUGACAUCAAAAUACGCCCACUUUGAGUCCAACUACUGUAGAAUGGGGGGUGAGGCGAAUGCUUGGUGUUACACCACAGAUACCAACACAGCGUGGGACUGGUGCGGCGUCCCUUACUGCUACGCCACGGAGUGUUCCUACGCCCCAGACGGCAGUGACUAUGUCGGAACAGUGAGUCACACAGUGACUGGCCUGCCCUGUCAGAUGUGGGAUUCGAACACCCCACACACCCACGACUACAACAAACUGACCAACGACCAGAACUACUGCCGGAACACAGACUCCAGCAAGGCCCCCUGGUGUAUGACCAAUGACCCCUCCGUCCGCUGGGGGUACUGCGACGUACCCAGAUGUGAGAGAGUGGAACAAGAGUGCAUCCUUACGGCGACAGGGAUAGACUAUGCAGGGAAAACCAAAGUUACAGCUUCAGGAAAAGAUUGCUUACCUUGGAAAGAUGUUUCAGAACAUAUGGCACAGGAAGAAAAUUACUGUAGAAAUCCGGAUUCUUCGGGCAGACCUUGGUGUUAUGUCAAGGGAGACACAAAGCCAGUGAAGGAAGACUGCAAGAUUCCAUCUUGUGCUGAAUCUCCUUGUUUUGGGAAGCCUUGCAAGAACCAUGGCAAAUGCACGGUAAAAGGCACUUCAUUUACCUGCACCUGUCUACAGGGGUUCAAGGGCGAUAAAUGUGAAACACUAGAACCAAUAGAAGAAGCAGAUUGCAAAAGAACUGCCACAGGUUGGGAAUACAGUGGAAAGAUAGGGGUUACAAAGUCCGGGAGAACCUGCCAGGCCUGGGGCUCACAGACCCCGCACGAACAUAGUUACGGGACAGACCUACUGGGGAACUACUGCAGGGAUCCUAGCGACUCCGGGUAUCUCUGGUGCUAUACAACGGACCCAGACAAGAAGUGGGAGGAAUGCAAUGUUCCGGAUUGUGCAACACCACCUUUGGAAUGUAUCCCUGCCUCCGACCCACAAGGAAAACUCUACUUUGGAACUCACAACUUUGCAAAGACCGGAGACCAAUGCCAGCGAUGGGACAGUCAGACCCCUCACAAACACUCGGUGAGUGCAUUGAGUGACCAGGAGAAUUACUGCAGAAGCGCCGACAACGAAAAGUGGCCCUGGUGCUACACAACUAACCCCGAUAAACGGUGGGACUACUGUAACAUCCCAUCGUGUUAGGGAACCGCGGUCUUUUGGAAAAAAAAAAUGUUUGUCUAAUUUACAUAUGGACACACUACUUUAACAUUUAACCAUAGAAUUUAUUAAAAAUUCCAAGCAGC